GGUCAGAGAAACGCCACCUGUGUCGUUCUCCUGUCAACUCACUCAGAGGAAAAGAAACAACAUUUCAACAAGUUUUGCAGUGAUUUGACACAGACUGGUUUCUGAACACAAGACUGGCACCAUGAGGAAGUGGACGUGGGCGGCACUGGUCCUGUGCGCCCUCUUUACUCGGGCCCUGGCACAAGGUUCUGAGCAGAACAGCUCACAGCCAAGAAAGCUGAACCACAGGACCAGGAACACAAAACAGGCCUUCAACAGCAUUCUCGAAGCUCAGACCACAGGCGUGACCGAGUGGACAUCCUGGUUCAAUAUUGACCAUCCAGGUGGUAAUGGGGACUAUGAGAGAUUAGAGGCUAUUCGAUUUUACUACAGAGAAAGAGUGUGUGCACGACCUGUCGCCAUGGAGGUUCGUACCACUGACUGGGUACCUGCUUCAGACACCGGGGAGGUGGUACAUUCCAGUUUGGAGAAAGGCUUCUGGUGCAUUAAUAAAGAACAACCAUAUGGACGCAUCUGCUCCAACUACCAUGUGAGAUUCCAGUGUCCACCAGUUCAAACAUAUUGGACAAACUGGAGUGAGUGGGGUCCAUGUUCAACCACUGCCUGUAACGAUGUGGGUAUCCAAGUACGCCGACGCAAAUGCUUGAGCACACAGCCUCUACCCCAGCUGGUCACGCCAGCCUGCCCAGGCCCUCACGCUGAGCGGAUGGAGUGCUCAACUCCACCAUGCCAAGCCAAAUGGAAUCAGUGGGGAACAUGGAGCACAUGUUCAGUGACCUGUGGAAAGGGUCGGAGAACCAGACGGAGAACUUGCAGCAGAUCAUCUGACACAAUCCGCUGUAAAGGACGUCCAAUGGAAGUCCAGAAGUGUGGAGAUGCCCCAUGUCCUGUAGCAUGUCAACUCGUGUGUCCUGAGGGACAUCCAAAUGAGGACUGCAGCCACUGCAUUUGUGAGGGACAGACACUACGAGGAGAAGUCCUGAGCGUAAAUGGUGUUCCAGUGUCUGGAGCUAGCGUGGCUGUAGCAGACCAGCCAAAGGUUAUACGUGCCCAGACAGACGAUAAGGGUUUGCUGAAGAUCAGUGGCAUGUGCUCAGGCCCUGAGACUCGGCUACUCAUCAGCAAAGAAAAGUUUGCUCCGGCCACUGUUCCUGUUUUUAGAAAUAGCAGUGAAAACCUUUGGGUUCGAGUUUUCCUCAGGUCCUCGGAGAAACCGUACAUUCUUAAACAUCCUGAAGACAAAGUACGAUAUGAAGGACAACGUGUGACUCUUUGCUGCAAAGCAACAGGAACCCCAAUACCUGAUAAAUACUACUGGUACCACAAUGGAACUUUGCUGGAUCAGAAGCUGCACAAGUACGACAGUGACUUGAUGCUACGUGAUCUGAAACCAGAACACACUGGGAUUUAUUACUGCAAAGCCAACAGUCCAACAGGACCCAUCAAGUCCAAUCCUGCAUUCCUGACUGUUUUUGCUAAAGGAACUCCAGCAUGUAAUGCUCCACCUGAAAGUCACCUGAUUAAACUGCCUUCAGACUGUAAACAAUCAGGCACAAACUCCAAGUGGUACAAUGCCGGUCGCUGUUCUAACAACAAAUGUCCCGGGUCACUGGACUUUGACCUACGAUGCAAAGAUUCCUCUAAUUUCUGCUGCGGGGUGAAGCAAAUGGAGAUAAAGGAGAUCAACUGUGGCAGCUACAUUCUUCCAAUAAAGAUUGUAACAGAAUGCGGUUGUCAGAAAUGCGUCCAGCCCAAAAUUCUGGUACGGGGUCGGGUGGUUGCCGCGGACAAUAACGAGCCUUUACGAUUUGGACACAUUUUUAUAGGGAAGGAACGAAUAGGAAUCACGGGCUAUCAGGGUGGGUUCACAAUUCAAGUUCCCUCUGACACCCAGCGUCUGGUAGUAAACUUUGUGGAUCCGUCUCAGAAGUUCUUAGACACUCUGAAAGUGUUUGUGUUUGAUAAAAAGGGUGGUUCAGUUUACCAUGAUGUCAAAGUAAUGCGAAAGCAGGAGCCAAUCGACAUCAAUGCUGCAGAGACUAAUACUAUUUAUCUGGGUGAAAUUAAAGGAGAGGAGCCCAUCGGUCAGCUGGUCAUACCUCCAAACUCCUUCCACAAGGACACGGGGGAAAUCUACCAAGGCACGGUUAAAGCGAGUGUCACAUUCUUUGAUCCACGCAACGUCACGACAGCUGCAGCUAUUCCAGGAGACCUGAACUUUGUAGGUGAUGAAGGUGAUGUACUCCCUUUAAGGACGUAUGGGAUGUUUUCUCUCGAUUUCAGAGAUGAUGCAAAUCAGGCGAUCCUUGGUGCUGGUGAGAUGCAGGUGCUCCUUGAUACAGAGCAUGUCAAAAUGCCAGAGCAUAUACCUGGUAUGAAACUCUGGUCUCUUAAUCCAGACACGGGCAUUUGGGAAGAAGAAAGCAGUUUUCAACCUACUCAGGUUUCAAGUGGUGAAAACGGAAGGAAAAAACGAGAGGAGCGCACGUUCCUGAUAGGAAACAUGGAAAUCAGAGAGCGCAGACUGUUCAACCUGGAUGUUCCUGAAAAUCGCAGGUGCUAUGUCAAGGUCCGUGCGUACAUGAGUGACAAAUUCUUGCCUACUGAGCAACUUGAGGGUGUAGUGAUCAGUCUUAUAAAUCUGGAGCCCAGGCCUGGAUACUCAUCAAAUCCGAGAGCUUGGGGACGAUUUGACAGUGUGAUAACAGGACCUAAUGGAGCUUGUCUUCCAGCCUUCUGUGAUGCCCAGAGACCUGAUGCGUACACAGCUUAUGUCACAGCCACGAUGGGAGGUGAAGAACUUGAAGCAGCACCCUCUACACCAAAAAUGAAUCCUAACAUCAUUGGUGUAUUACAACCGUACUUAGACAAAUUAGAUUACCAGCGAUCAGAUCACGACGACCCGGCGCUCAAAAAAACUGCCUUUAGAACCAAUUUAGCCAAGCCAAAUCCAAACAAUGUGGAUGAAACCAAUGGACCGAUAUAUCCUUAUCAAAGCCUGAUUUCAUGCGAAAGCGCUCCCAUUGAUGCAAAUCAUUUCCGUUUUUUCCGUGUAGAGAAAGACAAAUACGAGUACAACGUGGUACCGUUUCAGGAGAAUGAUCUCACAACUUGGACUGGGGAUUACCUCUCAUGGUGGCCAAACCCUCAGGAGUUCAGGGCUUGCUACAUCAAAGUUAAGAUCCAUGGAGAAACAGAAGUUAUGGUCAGGUCAAAGAACUUUGGCGGGACUCAUUCUCAGACCAGGGGUCAGCUGUAUGGGAUCAGGGACAUACGCAGCACACGUGAUUUAAGGCAUGCAAACACAUCUGCUGCUUGCUUAGAGUUCAAAUGCAGCGGAAUGCUUUUUGACCAAGGUGCUGUCGACCGGUCUCUGAUUACUGUCCUUCCGCAGGGCAACUGUCGACGGAUAAGCAUCAACAGUCUCCUGCAAGAGUACCUUACAAAGCACCCACCUCUUCUACAGAACAACGAGUCUCAUGCAUUUACCAUGUUAGCACCUGUAGACCCACUGGGCCAUAACUAUGGAAUAUACACGGUCACAGACCAGAACCCACGCAUCGCCAAAGAGAUCGCCAUCGGACGCUGCUUUGAUGGUACAUCAGACAGUUUCUCGAGGGAAAUGAAAUCAGAUUCUGGAGUUGCUCUUACUUUCAGCUGCCCCAAGAGAACUGUAAACCGUGAGAGCCUGUUCCAGCGCCUGCAAACAAAUCCUGGUCAGACCUUGUCACAAAUGGCUCGGGACAUGAGGGAAUCACAGGGAACGCAGGUCAGAAGAGGGUCAGCACAAGUGGUGGCAUAUCCUUCUGAACAACAGAGCAGGAUCCAGAACCGCAGAGUUAGCAACAGCAGCCGAAGAAGAACCGGUACACGGACUCAACAGAGGCAGUAGAUCUGCCUAAAAGUUGUUGGCUGAAGACAAUCACAGAAAUGAUGGAAAUAACAAACUUGGUCAGUCUGGACGUUUAGAUGAUUUUUCAGUGAUUUUUUGAGCCAAGUUUUAUUAUGUUGCUAUAAACUCACCCUGGACAUGUUCUCUCCAGGUUUCUGAAGGGAACUGUCAUUAACAUGCUUCUUCAUUCCCACGUAAUUACUUGAUAUAAUAGGAAAUGUCUUUCAUGUUGAGGACGGAUACUUUUAUUUAUUACAGUUAUGAAAAAUCAUCAGUGCAACUGUACAGUUUCAUCAUUGAUCAUACAGUGAAACCAUUUAAUAUAAACAUAACAACUCCAGAACGAGCUGUACAUAACGAAGGCUCCUGAUACUCUGUUAUAAAGUAUUGACUGUAGGAGUGAUGCAUGCUGUUUAUUGGUCAUGAACCUUAAUGAACUAAAAACAAUGCUACUCUGGCUUUCUCUUUUUCCAAAUUAGCCCUGUAAUGGCCCAAAUGUAACUUAACCAUUUUCAUUUGACCAAAUAAACUAAGCCAAAGAAAUCAAAUCUCACUGGCAGUCUGAGCAGAGUCUGGGUUAGAACUUUAAUAAUAAUAAUAAUAAUAGCCUUUGGUUUGGAAUUUCAAAGACUCCAAACUACCAACUAAAUCUUAAAGAAAUUGGGUCAAAGCAAUAAAAUGUAAAUUAUAGUUUUAAAUCUCUUUAAUCAUAACAGUAACGUGUAGUAUGGUAAUCCCAAUAGUUUGUAUAUAGGAUUUUUAAUAUAGUAUACUGUUCCUCUUGGGUGUCUGUCUGUCUCUUGACGUGCAAUAAUUCUGACAAUGACUUGAGAGCCCUAAUCAAACCAAAUCUGCUAUGUGUGUUCGAUCUGUUCGAAGCUGUGCUAAUCUCUACACAACUUUAAUUCUUUUUCACAAACAAUGUAUUUCCAUCUUACUGUCUGUUCCUAAAAGCAUCUCAGCAUCCUUCAAGACCUAAGCAACUUUUCUUGAGUGUUCUCUUGUUGGACAUUUUUCAGCUUUCUGAAUCAGAGACUCUUGAGUUUAUAGCUAAAAUAAACACAUUUUACCUGAAGUGAUCGUCUCCUGACGUGCUUCUACAGUUCAUAUGAUUUUAGUUAAUGGUACAAAAAUUAUCUGAAUGAUCUGGAUAAUCUGGAUGUACAGAAAUAAAUGUAUUUGCAUC